UCACUUUUUCUAAUCAUUUCAUUUCAUUUCACUUGGUUCGAAACUUCGAAAGAUUUUAAUACAUUCAAUCGAAGUAAAAUUCGUCAUUAAAAGAUGUGCUUAAACUCUACAUCUCUUUCAUUUAAGAUUUGAUGUAAUGUCGGUUAUUGUUUCAUUGUGCGUAAUACGUAUAGAAGUUUGCGAAGAUCAUUCCGAAUCCAAAACAGACGAAGGAGUUACAAUGAGCUCGAAGAAUAAAUUCCGAACAAUGCGUGGCCGACGUCAAGUGAAAGAUGUCACUAUUGAAACGUUCACGUCAUCGGACAACACAUCCAGUUCGGUUUCUUUGCUGCAACCUGAAACAUCCAAGAAAGAGAAAUCUAAAAAAAUUUCCAAAGAGGUGAAGAAAACACCGAGUGUAGAGAAGGAUGAGAAAACCAAGAGUAAUGUGGUAGAUUUACGUCUGGAACCUAUUACUUUUGUGUCUGGUAAUGCGUUCGUCGAAGUGACUAAAGGAAUAUUACAUCUGUAUAAAGAAGAUAAACUGACGAAUAUAGAUCACGAGUCAUUUCAUAGUCAAAUCGUUUGUAUUUUGGCAGUUCCUGCUACAAUGACAUGCCACGAUUUAAUAACGUAUACGCAAGCUUGUCAUAAAAAUGUUGAGCAUAUUAGAAUAAUUAGAGAUGGCUCGGUUAAUCAGUACAUGGCUUUGAUGUAUUUCCGCACGAAAGAAUCUACCGCCGAAUUUUAUCGUGCUUAUAAUGGGGCACCUUUCAAUUCACUCGAACCAGAAUACGUUUGUCAAUUGGUAUUCGUAUCGCGAGUAGAAAUUUUGAAUGAAACAGAAGAUGCCUGGAAUCCUCCAUCUGGACACACCGAAUUACCAACAUGUCCGGUUUGUUUGGAAAGAAUGGACGAAUCGGUGGAUGGAAUUUUAACUAUUUUAUGCAAUCAUUCAUUCCACAGUAAUUGUUUAAUAAAAUGGGGUGAUACCAGUUGUCCUGUUUGUCGUUAUGUUCAAACCCCCGAAGUGGUGCCUGAGAGUGCAUGCUAUGAAUGUCAUUCGUCGGAAAGUUUAUGGAUUUGUUUAAUAUGUGGUCACGUGGGAUGCGGUAGAUACGUUCAAGGGCAUGCUCAAAAACAUUACACCGAUACGACUCAUUGUUUUUCAAUGCAGCUGGGAAAUAACCGAGUAUGGGACUACGUAGGAGAUAAUUUUGUCCACCGUUUAUUACAAAAUAAAACCGAUGGAAAGCUAGUCGAGGGUCCUUCGCCGGAUAAACACAAUAGCGGGCAAACUACCGAUGUGGAUGAAAAACUAGAAUCAGUUCAGUUGGAGUAUUCUCAUUUGUUGUCGACGCAAUUGGAGUCGCAGAAAAAAUAUUUCGAAGAUAUAAUAGCGAGAUUGCAGCAAGAACAGAAAAAUUCAGCAGAGCUCAGAGGAAAUGCAAUGAAGGCUAUCAGCGAAAAAUUCGAAUUGGAAAAUAAGCUUCAACAGCUUAAUAGAGAAAAUGCGAAGAAAUCCGGCGGCGAAAAAUGCGAAACGGAGAAUAAAAUUCAACAGCUUACAAAAGAAAAGCAUCUCUUAGAUAAAAAAGUUCAUAAUCUCUCAACCAAACUGGCUCAAACUCAAUCUCAAUUGAACGAAGAAAAAGAGCUUUGCAAAGCUUUACAGCGUAAUCAAGCUACCUGGCAAGAAAAGUUCAGUGGUUUAGAGAACGAGUUCAAGCAAUACAAAAGCACUAAAGAAUUGCAAUUGAACGAAUUGAAAGAUCAACUACGCGACGUCAUGUUCUACUUAGAAGCUCAGAAAAAAAUAGGCGAAAGUGCAGAACGUGAAGAGAUCGCCGAAGGUACCAUAGUCAUCGCAGAAUCCUCUUCUUCGAAUUCCAAGCCCAAACGUCGUACCAGGAAAAGAUGAUUCGAAUCGAGGAAUUCUGCUUACCGUGUACUGUGAUACUCCAUUUCUACGCGCUACCAUGUUUUCUAAUUUUUAAAGCUUUGAUUACCCAAAUUAUUCGGAGUUGGAUUUUUACUUUCGUAUAUUUUUUAGUUAAUGAAAGCGAGCUCCUCUAUCCUUCUCCAUCACGGUUCUUGUAACUACUUUUACUCUAUGCUUGUAUACUUUUUAUUUUUUCAUUUUAUUUUUCGUAAUAUGACGAGAGUUACGUCUUAAUUAUGUCAUCAUAAAUUGAAGAAUAUAUUAUCUACACUUUUA